GCGAUGUUUUCAUGCGCUUAGUUUCGCGCCGGGUGCCACGACAGUCGCAUCGAGUCGGGUUCGCGCGCGCGUGCGUGCAUUUUUCGAAAAAAAAAGAAGAAGAGGAAAAACUCCCCGGGAAAGACGCUGCAGCCGCACCUUGUCCGCUCGAUAAGACGAACGCGACGAGGGGACACCGGGAGGAUGGACUGAGGGGCGAAUUUCGUGGCGGAAAGAGCGGAAGUACGAGUUCGCGCGCCAAAGUUCUCUAUCUCGCACAGUGUGAGAGGCGCGUCUACGUAGACAUACGGGAUCUCCUCGUUCUUCUCCGAGAGACAGAAGGAAAAAGCGGGAAGAGAGGAGAGAGAAGGCAUCAGCAGUAUCAGCAAAGAGUCGAUCAGUGGAUCGAAUCUGCUCGCGCCCCCCUCCUCCCCUCCUCCUCCUCCCUCCAACUCAGCCCUUUGCUCACUCACUCAUCCGUGCCCAUCGAGCAAACUCCACGAACGCUACAAUGUGCUGUGUGUGUGAUGUACGGUGCAGUGUGUUGGUGCUAACUUAGUGAUAACGAUAUACCCCUCCUCCUUCUCCGCGCCGCGUCUACCUACAAUCCGCGGAGCCUACGAAAACUAGUCCUGUUAUCUCGACCGGGGAUUGCCGCCGGGAGAUAAGGACGGAGGCCAGGAAGAGGUUUUCCUCUCGCUCCAAGCAAGUCAGGCCGAGAUUACCUAUGAUCCCACUGGGCGUCGCGAGGACGACGGAAAAGGAAGAGAGGCGCUUUCGGCAGGAAUCCUAAUCUUCCUCCACGACCUGCCGCCGCCCGUUCUUUCUCUCUCUCUCUCUGCACUCCGUUUUCCACCUUCCCCCGUCUCCCCCUUCCCCCCCCCCCCUCACGUCUUCUCCUCCCCGUCCCGCUGUUGCUCCCCCGUUGUCUGCUCGUUCCUCGGCGAGCGAUCGCGACGCACCGAGAUCUCGUUGGAGGGUACGAUGGACAUGAGCAGCGAGUCGAGCGCCAGGACGUGGUACGAAACGCCUAGGUCGUUGGAGCCGCCUUCAGGGGGUGCCGGAGUCGCCGGAGUGGUCGGCAACGAUUACAGGGGUUACUACCCUCAUGCCGGUCCUACGGCGCAUCACCCCGCAGCUGCGGCCCACUACGCCCAUACAAGGAUGUCGAGCAGCGGCGUGUCGAGCGGUCCAGUGAGCCAGGUCUGCCGGCCGCACUUCCACAGCUCGGUUCUCCAUCCGUGGCUGUCCGGCAGCAGCGCGGACACCUCGAAGACACCCUGGGGAUUCCCAACGACGGCGACCACGGGCGGCACGGUGAACGACGAGAAGCCGCAGAGUCCCCUGGGAUCCUCGCUGCCGCCGACGAGCGGGAGCCUGUCGAGUCACGGUGGCGGCCACCACCUCUUCUCCUUCCCGCCGACACCGCCCAAGGACGCUACGCCCGACAGUAUAACCGCGAGCACGACCUCCAGCACGAACAACAACAACUCGACGAGCGCCAACAACAACAACAGCGGCGGUAAUCCGCUGUCCGGGUUGGGCGGCGGUACUACCAGCGAGUACCAAGCGGCGGUCGCCCAUGCGGCGGUGAUGGGCGCGUUCAUGCACCAUCAGGACGCGCUUGGGGCAUCCGGUGGCAGCUCGUGCGACAUCAAGCCGACGGUAAUGCUCGGCCAUCAUCACGGGGCGCCCUCGCCGCCGCAUCAGCAGCACAACGGCUCGAACAACGGCAGCAACGGUCCCGCCGGCACGAACGGCUCGUCCGCCGGCCAGGUGAAGCAGCGAGAAGAGGGUCGCGAGUGCGUGAAUUGCGGCGCCACAUCGACACCCCUUUGGAGACGGGACGGCACCGGCCACUACCUCUGCAACGCCUGCGGGCUUUAUUACAAGAUGAACGGCCAGAAUCGACCCCUCAUCAAGCCGAAACGACGCCUGUCGCUGCAGAGUGCGGCGAGACGGGCGGGCACCAGCUGCGCCAACUGCAAGACGGCCACGACGACCCUCUGGCGGAGGAACCAGGCCGGCGAGCCGGUCUGCAACGCUUGCGGGCUCUACUACAAGUUGCACAACGUGAAUCGGCCGUUGACGAUGAAGAAGGAGGGCAUCCAAACGAGAAACAGGAAGCUCUCGUCGAAAAGUAAGAAGAAGAAGGCCGGCGGCUGCUUAGGCCUCGGCGGUGUCAUGGGCGACAUGAUCAAAGCCAGUGGACACCUUGAUCUCGACAACAAGCCCUUCCAUUCGGGAUUCGGAUCGCCGAUGGGUACGUCGCAGCAUCAUCACACGAUGCAUCCGGCGAUGCAGCAUUACAUGUAUCACACGGGUGUCGGCGUGGCCGGAGGUCUUCAUCAGGGAUUUGCGCCACCGGCGCCGCCCCCCAUCCACCCGCACUCGCAUUCGCAUUCCCAUUCUCAUCACAUGACGAGUCUUCAGGGUCUGCAGCUGGCGGCCACGACGAACGCAAUGACCGGCUGGCGAUCGGAGUACACAUGAAUCGCGAGUGACUAGCAGCUCAGGACGCAGCCCACCACUGUCACGUUGUAAUGUAAAAAAAAAGAAAGGAAACCACCCCCCCCCCGAAAAAAAAAGAAAAGCUCUAAACACGGAGAGCCGCUCCUCUUCUCUUUCUCGCACGCCGACGAGGGGCGCCACGAUCGAUCACUGAUGACGAACGACGAAAAUCCCGAACACGGGAUCCCCGGGACUCCACCGGUUCUCUCUCCCCCCUUGGCCCGUGUCGGAGCGCCCGUCGGAUCUCUCUCAAAGUGAAAGCUCAUGUAAAUAUGUAAAGUUUUAUGUAGGGCCAUCGGGCCCCGGCCCCAAGUACAAAGGAAAAAUUCAGCUACUGUAUGGAGUCUUAUAUAUGAUACAUAGCAUGUAAAUAAAUAUAUAGAUACAAGAAUUUAUAUAUUAUGCGCGCGUACGGGCGAGUGUGUGUUUGUGUGUGUGUGUGUGUGUGUGUGUGUGUGUGUGUGUGUGUACACGUGUGAGAGCGAGUGCAUGCGAGAAGGGCGGAUGCGCGUGUGAUGACCUGUUUUAGGUGACGACUCCUCGGAUGGAUUCUGGGCGGACGAUUCGAAUGUCGAUCGCGCCCAUCCAAAAUCCGAUUCCGAGUGCGUAGAGUCGCGUGGGAGUGCUGCUGCUGCUGCUGCAAGUGCGCGUUCCAUGCUACGCACGGAAGUCGACGCGGUAUCGUGCAAUUUCGAGAGAGAGAGAGAGAGAGAGAGAGAGAGAGAGAGAGAGAGAGAGAGAGAGAGAGAUGUGUGUUUAUUAACGGGCGUUACUCGGUGCGGGAUCGUUUGGACGUUUAGAGACCCUCAGAGAUCCUCGCCGUCGCGGCGGACAAGUCGCUCGCGUGAGUCGCCGGGACUCGUCGAAACCCCGUUUUGCCGUUUCGGCCGCAAUUAAACGAAAAUGGCAAUUAGCAGUCUCGCAGACGGCGUAACAUUAUGGAGCUCGCUGUCCUAUCCCUAGCCGACACUCCUUCGAAAAAGGGAACGUCCGAGACGUUCUCUCUUUCCAGAGAGCGAUUACUAUGUAGCUAUCUAGUUCGUUAUAAAAAAAAGAAAGAAUUGAUGUUUUCCCUUCUGGCGUUUUUCACUCAAAGUAGAGACGCGAGCAGCAAUAAGCAACGCGCAACAUCGAUCGUCCGGUGCAGUGGCCCAUCUUUAGAGAACAUUUUUACGGUACAAGACAAUCGCGUGCGGAAUUCAGUCCCUUUCCAAAGAAGAGUCGAAACGCAAUUGAUUUCCCAGGAAUUGAAACCCCUUUUUACGAUAUCUCGAGGUGGCUUGAACCUCGAUCGCGCGAAUUAACACCGGUAGCCUCCGAGCUUUUCUCCACCCCCCCCCUCCCCCGUUUUUUUCCUUACAACUUUCGAUUUUACCUUGCCUCUGUCUGUCCACUGUCGGCGUCCAUUGGUCCAGCACCGUUCUGUGUGUCGUACCGGUUAGUGAUAGUUCACAUAAGUGUAAUAAAAGCGAUAUAGAAGAUAAAUUCGUAAAUUAUACACGAGGCCUCCGACGAUCGCGAUCGAUCCGACCCGACGAUGCGAUCGCUGGAUCGCACGAACGAGUUUUAGCUUCAUAAUUUAGUCACGGCGGACACGAAGGCGUCCACACAAAAAUACACAUGUACAUUCAGACGCGUAUACACGUACACACACCAGACAGCAGCAACAGUCGGCGCAAAGAGAAAAAAAAAAAAACACGAGAAACACGCGACUAAAGGCAAGUGUAAAUUUUGUAUCUUCGAAAUUGUGUAUCGUUAUUGUAAUAAUAUAGUAUAUAUAUACAAAUGAAAAUAAAAUAUAUGUAUUAUAAAUAUAUAUUGGAGCGCGCGGGCGGGCGACCGUCGCGUGCAUUAAGUGAUUGUGCAUAAUUAGCAACUAAUUGCGCAUCAUAAACAACAACCGUGCAUAUAAAUAGUCAACAGGAUAUAAUUGAAGACUCAUCGGCGAGUGAACACGACGCACGAGAUGUCGUACGGAGAGGUGAGACACACACACACACACACACGCACACGCAUACACACAUACCGGAUAGAUCAUUAGCAUUGUCAUUAUCGCUAUCGGUCAUCGUCGAUCGAUUGUCCAUUGAUUGAUCGCUACUCGUGAGAGACUCACUCGCUUGGGUUCCGAACACAUUGUGAUUUUUCGAUUUUAGAGGUUUUAUCACUCGCGUAUGUUUUUUGCGACUAAUUAGACUUAGAUAAUACAAAGAUGAGAAGGGAAGCGAAUUAAAAAGGGCGGGAGGGGGGAAGGCCAGGGGGAGACAGACGGCGGUUCGUGAUGUUCGUGAUUUCGGGAGGAUAUCGCGCGGUACCUUUUUCCUCCCGUCGCGACGUAAAGCGAAGCAAGCGUUGGGUAGUGGUGGCCCUUCGGGAUCCCAUAUGGUUGGGAAGGGGGGUGCGACAAGUGGCGGCGAUUUUCCAAAAGACUGAGGGAGCGAGGGCAAGAAAGUCGGUAUAUAAUCGGUGAUCAUUUUCGUGCGAGGUCCGCAGAUCGGAAAAGAAAAAGGGGGCCGUGGAAGGUGGAGAAGAAGGAAGUAUCUAUUAAUAGUAUUAUUAGGAAGUAGCGUGUAGCCUGUGUAAAAACAAAAAAUAUAUAUAUAUGAUUUUUAAGGGAGGUCGAUCGCAUCCGCAUAAACCCGCGAGAGAGGUUGGAGGUGGAAAGGAUUGGGGGUGCGCCGAGACGUCGAGAGAGAGAACUUCGAGGGGAGGGAAGGGAUAAGGGCGGAGCGAUCCUUUCGCACGUGACGGACGUGCGGCGAGGAUGUUUAUUGGAUGUAAAAAGUGACACAUUGUAAGAUACCAUUGUAAAAAGAGGUUUUAACUUAAAAUAAAUUAAAUGAUAAAUCACGCAUACACACCGACCAAUCUUUAAUCGAAUAUUAUGUGAUUAUAGAUAUGUAUAUGUACUAUGUAUAGCAGUUUACGAUAUGCUCUCUCUCUAAUUCUCUUCCUUUCUCCGUCUUUCACAGUUUCCCUUUCUCUCAUCAUAUCUCUCUCUCUCUCUCUCUCUCUCUCUCUCUCUCUCUCUCUCUCUUUCUCUCUCCUUCCACCUCUUCCUUUCGCGCUUAAAACCGUCCGUGUUCUUCUGUCCUGCUACAUCAACACCCGACUUUUAGUCCCCAUAGAAUCGCAUCCGGUUGUUUUUCUCCCGAUCGCCGAUAAUGUCGUCGCCGGACACCGAGACGACACGAAUUUUCCUCGACGACUCAAGAUCAACAGGCGCGACGACUCUACUUUAAUAAAUCAUGCGCGCCAUGUAACCGGAGAAAUUAUUAUGGAAUUAUUAAUGAUUUUAUUUUCCCGCAUACGUGUUCCUUUCUCUCUCGUCACGAGCUUGGAUGAUGUAUCUCGUUAUCUCGGACGAUGUCGCGGCUCUCACGAAAUGAACUUUACGCCUCGCGGAAGAGGGAGAGCGAAAGAACCCGACGGUCUCUGUCUCUCUUUCUCUCUCUUAAUCAAUCACGCGUGCCGAUAAUAAUAUCGUUACGGAAUUAUUAAUGAUUUCAUUUCGCCUGCGCCGCGUAAUAUCAUUAUCGGGCAACAUCGUCGUGAGCUAAAUUCUUUUCGGCGUUCAGAAACAAUGGCGAUGUCGCGUGAUAAAUCGCGCGAGCGAGCAAUGAUGAUAUAACUCGUACGCGAUCGCCGAUCGAGUACGAUCGUAUUGUUCGGCAUGCUGUCGACCGACAAUGCGCGUAGAUUGCAAAAUUCUAUUAACGUCGUUAGUAAAACAAACACGCGGGAGAGCGUGCGCGGUUCUUUUUUGUUUUUUCGCGGCUAGUCGCAAUUAAUCAUGAGUGACAUCAAAAGCCUUGUCAGGCUGUUUUGCUUUGUUUUAAAGACAAUCCGUUCAGCGCGGACGUAUUUUACAAGCACGUUUUGCAUGUUCAAAUCUCCAUUUCGAGUUUCGUAACUUUAGUAACGGAUUAAUAGGCUCCUCGGAAAAUCCCAGUCCUUUAACGUCAUCGGAAAUGACAUGUUCAUUACGAUACCAUACACAAACGUGAAUUCCCUUCUAUAAAAUUAAAUAAUGCUUUUUGUCAUUUUACAAUAAUUGUGCGAUAUAUCGAGAUACAGGACAGAGAAAGACAGUUUUAGAUGGAUUACCUUAGAUUUUUUUACACCCCAGCAGCAAGCAAAUAAAUCGUAAUCAAGAAUUCGUACUUUUUUUUAUUCUUCCUUUAAAAAAAUUGAACACAAAUUUAUAUACACAAUGAUCUCAAAUAAAUUAUAGAACAGGUGAUAAUUGUUUCUCGGGUUAAAAGAUAUAACUUAAUUGAAGCUUAGUGGGUGGACAAGGUGUUUACAUAUAAAUCAAGACAGCAAAUCGCGAACGAGAUUACGCCGCCGCGCCGCCGUGAUCAUCAUUGCGAAGCGCAAAUAAAUCUCCGCGACACGAUAAUAUCAAUAUCGCUGCACGCGACAACUUCGAUGUCAUAUUUUACGUGUGUUAAUGAGUUCGGUAAUAAGGAGGGAAUCGUGUCUCACGAGGCACGCAAUAAAAAGACGAGAGAUAGCGGAAGAACGUCCUAUAGCCGAUCCUCGCAAACAGGAUUGGUUUUCCAUUCGAUCUCAUGCUUAUUCGAUCGCAUCAAAUAUAGUAAUUAAUGCGACUUUAACUGACAUCUCGCGAAAAUACAUCUCCGCUCAAGAAGGUGAUAAAUUGUAACGACACGUGCGUAAUAAAGGUCACGCGUUGAACUUUUUAUCUCUCCUAUUACAAUUAAUCGCUGUCUGAGAUGCUAUCCCUUCAAUAAAAACGAGUGCAACAAUAAGUUAAAAGAAAUAAAUUUUUUUGCCGCGUUAUGGCGAAUAAGUUAUUAUCUGUAGAGAUUUUGUACAGCUUCAGAACGUGAUUGUAUAUGGAAGGAAUUUUUGCACUGCGGGAUCCGAUUGCGAAUGAUUAAGUGAUAUUCAUAUAUAUAUAUACAAUUAUUUUAUCUAUUAUAACAAGAGAGGUGUUGAAGCGCAAGGUAUGCAGGACGAAGGAGUUUAAAAUGAAGGACGGUUAUUCUGUGCAACCAACUAUAAACUGUACCGUAACCGUUAUCUCUCUUUACUGUGUAUUUACUUGAAAAUUUAUAAAUGUGUGAUAUAUCUACUUA